AAAAGAGUGUUUCGAUGGACUUGGCUACAUGCUGACUGAUUCACUUUGACUACACCACAGCCUGCAGCCUGCUUCUGUGUACACCUGAGGAUUAAAGACAAGAAAAGGCAGCAUGAACUUGGUGUCCUCCAUCCUGUCCACUCUCGCUCUUCCCCGUAUUUCUGUACUUCCUCCUGACCCUUCUCUCUCUCCAUCUUCCCCUUGUCCACCUCCGUCCUCUCAGCAUUCUGACGCUCUGUGUGGCAGCUGCCCGUCUGGUUCUGCCCCACAGACUAACAGUGUUUGGCCCAGUCAGGCGCCGUCUGGAAGUGGGUUCCCUGGAUGGCCAGGGCAGCCCACCCAGCCCGCACCGUGCUGGACUGGCCAACCAAACACACCCUGCUGGCCUGGGACACAACAAGCUCCGUACUCUGUCCCAGCACCAAUUUCAUUUCCAGCCCCGGCUCAAACCAUAACACCAGCACCUGCCACAACCAUAGUCCCAGCACCAGCUCCAGCACCAGCUCCAGCUCCAGCUCCAGCUCCAGCACCAGCUCAAUUUCCAGCUCAAUUUCCAGCUCAAUUUCCAGCUCAAGUUCCAGCUCCGGGUCAGCCCUGCCAACCUUGCUGGCCAGGCACCCAGUACCAGCCACCCCAGCCACCAGCUCCAAUUCAAACUCAAGUCCCUGCUCAAGUACCAACUCCAACUCCAACUCCAGUUCCAGUCCCAGCACCUGCUCCUGCUACGGGCAUCCAUCCCAUAGGGUGGCCUUCCCACCCUGGAUGGCCUUAUAACCCAGGACAGUCAGGAUGGCCUGGACAGGGUCCAUCUAGCAUGCCUCCACACUGGCUUCCACCCACAUCUGGACCUCUUAGUGUGCCAUACAACUUGAACCUUGCACGAGGGGUCUAUGACAAGAUGAUGAUGACCAUCUUGGGCCAUGUCAAGCCGAAUGCUAAAAUGUUCACAGUGAACUUUCUGAGAGGCAACGACAUUGCCUUUCACAUCAACCCCCGCUUCAGUGAGGGGGGAAAACAGGUGCUGGUCCGUAACCACAAACAGGGUGAGCGUUGGGGCGCAGAGGAGAGGGAUCUGAAGGGGCCUUUCCCCUUCGCUCUUGGGAGCCCAUUUGAGAUGAAGAUCAUGUGCACUCAUGAGGCGUUCAGGGUGGCAGUGAACAACAUCCCGCUGUUUGAGUUCCGACACCGCAUCAGAGAGCUCAACCAGAUUGACAGGAUCAACAUCCUGCAUGAUGUCGUCCUCACCUACGUCAAUGUGGAGACACUUCCAUAAGAGGCACACUAUUACUCACACACAGUGCAUGAAUCAGCACGUGACACAGACGCAGAUAUAUGAGUGUGUAAAUGCGUAUAGACAUAUAGAAAUCUGCACAGAUACACACACACACACACACACACACUAUCUAUCUCGCAGGAACUAAAACAUUCCAGUGUAUCAUGAUGCUUAAAGAUCGAAUAAAUAAGUGUGUUAGUGUUUGAUGUGAUAUUAAUAUUGACAUGAGCUGAGCUCAUCCUACAGUAUGCUACAAACUACUUUCUCUACAGUACCUAACAUUUAAUACGCACAAAGCUACAGCAUGUAUUUGCUAAUGCUACUGUAUUUAUUGUGUAGAAUAUUGUCUACAUUAUUAAAUUGCUACUAACUGAGAAUUAUACAUGUAGCUAUACUGUCAAAAAACAACAACGAUUAAAUAAAAUGUCAGCA